AUGAUUGUUACCCUCCCGCUGCCACCGCAAGUCACCGUGUGGUUGCCCCAUGAAAUGGUCCAUGGUUUUCAAAUAUUCGCAUUUUGGGCCUUUUCAAUCCUGCUUGUUGGGCCAUGGCUUUUCUGUGUUUAUGGCCUGGCUACUAAUUCACUGGGGAGAGCGAAGAAGAUCAAACGUGUUCUUGAUGAUCGGACUGCCCCCAAGACCGUGGUUGUGAUGCCUGUGUACAAGGAGGAGCCUGCAGUCUUAAUCAAAGCAAUCGACUCGGUGGUUGAUUGCGAUUACCCCGCCAAUUGCAUCCAUGUCUUCCUUUCCUAUGAUGGUGGUACUGUGGACGAGCCAUAUCUUCGAGUGCUUCACCAUCUAGGGAUCCCGAUCUCCCUGGAAAGCUAUCCACAGAGCAUCGACGUUAUUUACAAAGGCGCCCGAAUCACCGUCUCGCGUUUUAAGCAUGGCGGGAAGAGACAUUGCCAAAAGCACACCUUCAAGCUGAUUGACAAAGUGUAUGCAGAGUAUUUGAAACGGCAUGAUAACCUUUUCUUGCUCUUCAUAGAUUCCGACUGUAUCCUCGAUCGGGUCUGCUUGCAAAACUUCAUGUAUGACAUGGAGCUCAAGCCUGGGAGCAAGCACAACAUGCUGGCCAUGACGGGGAUCAUCACCUCAACAACGAACAAGAACAACCUACUUACAGUUCUUCAGGACAUGGAAUACAUCCAUGGUCAGCUCUUUGAGCGCUCUGUCGAGUCUGCCUGCGGUGCUGUGACCUGCCUUCCCGGCGCUCUCACAAUUCUACGUUUCUCAGCCUUUCGAAAAAUGGCCAAAUACUACUUUUCAGACAAGGCGGAACAAUGUGACGAUCUCUUUGAUUAUGGGAAAUGUCAUCUUGGGGAAGACCGCUGGCUCACUCACCUCUUCAUGAUUGGUGCGAAGGAGCGAUAUCAGAUUCAACUGUGCACGAGCGCCUUUUGCAAAACCGAGGCAGUUCAGAACUUUAGCAGUCUGUUGAAACAACGUCGACGAUGGUUCCUGGGAUUUAUCACCAACGAGGUUUGUAUGAUCACGGAUAUCCGGCUGUGGGUGCGGUAUCCCCUGCUGUGUCUCGUUCGCUUCAUGCAGAACACGAUCCGCACGACGGCACUGCUGUUUUUCAUCAUGAUCAUUGCACUUCUCACAACAUCGAAAAAGGCAAAUGAUCUCCCUGUCGGCUUCAUGGGGGUUUCUCUCGGGUUGAAUUAUCUGCUCAUGCUGUACUUCGGCCUCCGACUCAAGCGCUACAAGGCCUGGCUGUACCCAAUCAUGUUCCUCGUAAAUCCAUUCUUCAACUGGAUCUACAUGGUGUACGGAAUUUUCACAGCCGGUCAGCGAACAUGGGGAGGACCACGGGCCGAUGCUGCAACGGCGGACGACCAUACCACACCGGCGGAAGCAGCUGAACGGGCGAGGCAACAAGGCGAUGAGCUCAAUGUGGAUGUCGACACAUUCCGAAGCAACCAAGUACGACGGACAUCGGUCCCCAUCCGACCAUCAGAGAGAGUGGAAGGACGAUUUGCACCGGCGGAGCAACUUCUAGAUGGCUUCUAUGUCAACACUGCCGGAUCCGGGCCUGCGCUAGCGUUGAUGGUCAAUGCCAUGGAAGAUCCUGAGUGCCAGCUACCACCUCGCCUUCGCUAUUCGACAGAAUCAGUGCUCAGCGCAUCGUCAGAUUGUCGCUCCGGAUUCGUGCAGAUGCCACAAGACGUGGACAACCUCAUGAUGAGUGAGGAGGACCAGAAAAAACUCUAUUAUGCCCGCCAAGGUCAGGCAUCAACGGGCACAAUAAGUAUCCAUGACCUAGAUGACCCUUGUGGUGCUGGAGAUGACGGAGAUGCUAUUCAGUCUAUGGCGUCCGGAUCUGAACGGAAAGAGCUUGAGGUUCCGGCGCAAGUCUACCAGAUGAACCGCCUCGAGAACAUCGCUCCAGGUGAAGAAGUCUUCAACCACAAGUGA